CUCCAACAGUGGUCGGGGGCGAGCGUGGCGGUGGACUUGGCGGUGAUGGGCGAGGCCCAGGGGCUCAUCUCCGACAUGCUGGCCGACCCCUCCCUCGCCCCCAACACCUGCAGCUCCCUGAAGGCCGUCAGCACCCUCCUCAGCACCCAGUUCUCCCUGCGGCCGCUGCACCGGCCCCGCUUCCCCACCGACCCGCAUCUCUGCUCCGACACCGAGGAGGGGGGGGGAGGAGGCGGUGGGAGGGUGGAGAAGCUGGCCCUCCCCAAGCGUCUGAGGCGUAGCCUGCCCCCGGGGUUACUGCGGAGGAUCUCGUCGACCUGGACCACCACCACCUCAGCUACAGGGCUGCCCACCAUAGAGCCAGGACCAGUACCCAGGGACCGCUCUGCCAGCAUCAAACUCAUCCCUGACAGUGAGUCGUGGAACAACUCCCUGAUGCUGACCAUCUCUAAAAGCCGCUCCAUGUCAGCCUCCUGCGCUGCUUCCGUCACCUCCAACCACUUCUACAGCAAACCACUGGCAAGAACAGGUUACCCUCCCCCCCCGGCCUCCCCCCUGGGUUCACCCUGCCCCUCCCCCCCACCCCAGGCCAGCCCGCUCUCCAGCCCCAUUGCUAAGACCUGCCCCGUGGAGCUGCCUGAGCCAGUCAGACCGGCGGAGCGCACCCCUUGUCCCGGGGCCCCCAGGAGCCGCCAUCGAGCCCUCACACACAGCCAGAGCGCGCCCAGCUCCACCACCCUCCACUGGAGACCCCCCUCGCUCUGUACCGGCUGUGGCCGGCCCCUCAACAAUCGUCUGAACCAUGGCACAGAAUCUAUAGACAAAGAGGAGAGAGUCCCCCACACGGAUGAGCGUGCGGUUGCUUCAUCGGACUACGACAGCACCUACGACAGCACCUUCGAGACCAACCACAGUGACAGCAGCGACUUUGCACAGAACGAUGAAGAGGGGGAAGGGGGGGGCAAGAAGCCCCCCGAGGUCCGGGAUGGGCCCGGGCCGUAUCGGAACGAGGGCAUCAGUCUCCACCCCCUUGUCCCUGAUUCCCCCGAGGUAGAAAGCCUCCCAGGCCCUGGAGGUGGUGGGCCUCCCGACCUGCAGCCCCUCAUGGCGCAGCUCAACAGCUGGAACUUCCCCAUCUUCAGCUUGGUGGACAAGACCCACGGCAAGACCGGCUGCAUCCUCAGCCAGGUGUCCUACAAGCUGUUUGAAGACACAGGUCUGUUCGAGACAUUUAAGAUUCCAGUGCAAGAAUUUAUGAACUACUUCGGUGCUUUGGAAAAUGGAUACAGGGACAUCCCAUACCACAAUCGGAUUCACGCCACCGACGUAUUGCAUGCAGUGUGGUACCUAACCACUCAGCCAAUCCCCGGCCUGACCCACCAGCUGGAGGACAGUAGCACACACCCAGACUCUGCCAACGGCCUCAGCCCCAGCGCCACCGGCCUGCUGUGCUCCAAGAUGAGCCCCCAGCAGGGGGAGGGCUACGGCUCCCUGGCCGGGCUCAUCCCGGCCCUGGAGCUCAUGGCGCUGUACGUGGCCGCUGCCAUGCACGACUACGACCACCCGGGCAGGACCAACGCUUUCCUGGUGGCCACCAGCGCCCCACAGGCGGUUCUGUAUAACGACCGCUCUGUGCUGGAGAACCACCAUGCGGCGUCCGCCUGGAACCUCUUCAUGUCGCGGCCAGAGUUCAACUUCCUCAACAACCUGGAGCACGGGGAGUUCAAGCGCUUCCGCUUCCUGGUGAUUGAGGCCAUCCUGGCCACCGACCUCAAGAAACACUUUGACUUCCUGGCUGAGUUCAACGCCAAGGUAAACAUAGGAACGACAUGUGGCGAAGAGGGCGUGUCCUGUAUCGAUUGGACCAAUGAAAACGACCGUCUCUUGGUGUGCCAGAUGUGCAUCAAGCUGGCAGAUAUCAAUGGUCCACUGAAGUGUAAAGAGCUGCACCUGCAGUGGACCGAUGGCAUCGUCAACGAGUUCUACCAACAAGGUGACCAGGAGGCCAGCCUGGGCCUCCCCAUCAGCCCCUUCAUGGACCGCUCGGCGCCCAAGCUGGCCGAGCUGCAGGAGUCCUUCAUCACGCACAUCGUCGGCCCCCUCUGCUCCGCCUACGACUCGGCCGCGCUCAUGCCCGGCUGCUGGGUAGAGCGCCGGCCGAGCGCCGGCGACGUCGGGGAGGAGCUCGAGGAAGUCGAGGAUGAGGAUGAAGACACGGCAGAGGAAGACGAUUCGACCAGCUCCGACACCUCCCAGAUACAAGACCCUCUGCGGAAGACCAGGAGAAAAGUAUUUUGCCAAAUCACACAGCACCUCCUCGACAACCACGAGAUGUGGAAGAGGGUCAUCGCCAAGGAGAGCCAAGAGCAGGCCCAGAAAGAGGAUUCAAACUGCCUCAGUGGCCCCGGCGAGCCAAUCACAGCCAUCAUUCACGAGGAGGAGGAGGAGUCAGCAAGCAAAGAGGAAGAGCCGGUCAACGGCAUCGAGGAAGAGGAUGAGGUAGAGCCGAUCGAGGGAGAGGAAAUAUUUCCAGAGACAUUGGUGGAAAAGGAGGAGUAGCCAAACGUAUCCUAUUUUCUGGUUGUUUAACGAACUUUGAACUUCGACCUUUUAAACUAAUACAAUUUAUUUCCUUCUUUUUGAUAAUCUCUUGAUGCGGUAGCCAGCACAUCACCUUGACACAACACUGUAGAAGAUGUUCCGGGUAAUUUGUGCCUCAGAAAAAAAAUAACAGGGUGGAGAUUCACGGAGGACGUCUGCUAGGUGCAAUAAGCAAGGGAAGGGAGGGGGGGGGACUUGGAUAGAAAGAAAACACAAGAGAAAGAAAUCCUGUAUGUCUGUGACUGUGUGUAUAGUUUGUCUUAUAAUUAGCGAAGUAUGUUGCCAGCUGUCUGUUGCCCUCAUCUUGGAAAAGAGUGUCAUUCUUUGGAACCACGGCCGAUAGAAAAGGCUCUUCAUAGCAUUAAUAAUUUACAGAUCAUCCCCGCCCAAGAGUAGCCAUGGGUGCAUCCGAAUACUAAGUAUACUAUU